CGUGGUCCGCGCAUUGCACGCCGGGAUCGCGAUGGCAGCGCUGGAGCUGCUGUCGGACGAGGGGUACCGCGCCGACGGGCGCCGCGCUACGGAGCUGCGGAAGGUGCGGGCCCGGAUGGGGGUGUUCGCGCAGGCGGACGGCUCGGCCUACAUCGAGCAGGGCAACACCAAGGCGCUGGCCGUGGUGUACGGACCGCACGAGACCCGCGGUCCCCGCAGCAAGGCGCUGUCCGAGCGGGCGGUGCUGAACUGCCAGUACAGCAUGGCCACCUUCAGCACCGCAGAGCGGAAGCGGCGGCCGCACGGGGACCGGAAGUCGGCCGAGAUGGCGCUGCACCUCAAACAGACCUUCGAGGCCGCCGUGCUCACCGAGCUCUACCCGCGGUCACAGAUAGACCUCUACGUGCAGAUCCUGCAGGCGGACGGCAGCAAUUACUGCGCCUGCGUCAACGCCGCCACGCUGGCCAUCAUCGACGCCGGCAUCGCGCUGCGUGACUUCGUCUGCGCCGGCUCGGCGGGUUUGGCGGAGGAUGCGGCGUUGGCGGACCUGAGUUACAUCGAGGAGGCGGCCGGGGGGCCGCAGGCGGCUCUGGCGAUGCUGCCGGGGUCGGGCGCCAUGGCUUUGGUGCAGAUGGACGCGCGGCUGCACCACGAGAGACUGGAGGCGGUGAUGGACGCCGCCGCUGCCGCCUGCCGCGCCGUGCACGCCGUGCUGGAGGAGGCGGUGAGGGAGAGGGCGAGGGAGGUGACGGCGCUGCUGGGGGAGUGAUGGGAAUAAAGGAGAGUGAGGUGGU